UCGGGGAUUCAAAGAACAAUAGAAGACACUCUCAACCUGAUUACCAUUUUCGGACCAAGCUCGCGCGCCGCGGAGCCAUUCAUCUACCAACUACCACCAGUUCACUCAAGCCUUCCACAGCAGCCUUUCUCAAACUUUCUUUUACAAAAGAUAAGGCCCAGGCAUAUGGAUGAAAUAUCCCAAUCAUCCUUGAAAUUCAUCACCAGUAGCGCUUGGCAUCAUCCUAAGAGUAUACUGGUGCGCCUUUCGGCAGCGUUUACGUAAAAGAUGGCGCCUACCAACCGGCGCUCUACCCAGGUGAACCACCAGGACGGUGGCGGCGCACCUCUUCCUUCAGCUCAACAAGACCUUUAUGGAGAGAACGAUGUGCUUAUGAGCUCCAAAGAGCACACAGUCGCUCUCGAAAAUGAUAAUAACAGGAAGAACAAAGAGCUUUAUAACCAGAUAUUCAGUCUCAGCAGAGGCCAGGAACGUGUGCCGCAAUCCCAGCCAAAAGGAAACCCCAUUAGGCAGGCAUUUACCAACAUACGUAUGCCGGCUUCCAACCACAGAAAAGACGCUCAUGGGCAGCUUCAGGGCAAACGCUCCAUAACGGCUAUUCCAGUUGGGACCCCCCGUCGUCCUAUUGGACUAGGAAAUCCACAAGCAUUCGGCCGGUAUAACGAUGAUAGUGAUCCCUGGAACCUACGGGACGAGGUCGGCAACCGCAAUUUAUAUCCAACUGGCUUACAUGACCCGUAUCAGACCCCUUAUAAUGGGAAGGGCAGGGGCAAGGGGCAUCCUUCUGAGGCUCCGAACUCUCUGGCAUCCAAAUGGGGCAUGGCUAGCGGGCGACCCUCUCCAGUCCCCUUAUCGACGAGAAGUUUCAUUCAUGAAGAUCAGCUGUACAAUACCGCAGAUAUCCAGAGUCCUUUGAUUCACCCACCGCCUCCGCGACAGAAGGAGCCAAAGCGAGCCCAGCCUAAUCAAAGGCCCCGAGAUAGCGGUCAGCCUCCUCCACCACCUGAAAGCAAAAGUCCUCCACCACCUCCUGAAACGGACUAUCCUCUUUUACCUCCUGAAGCUGUCGAAUAUCCUUCUUUGCCCCCACAACCCAAGGUCAUUGAAAACCUCUCACCUCAAUCUUCUCAGAGCGAGCAUAUCCGCUCACCUCAAUCUUCUCACAGCAAGAAAGUCCGCUCAACCCCGUCCAGGUCGCCAUCCCCUCAAAGAACUCCACCGCCUGCCCAGAAACCUCUUCCCAGACGGUCUUCAACAAGUCCGCCUCCCAACAGAUCUCCAUCUCCAGUUACAAGCCCUUCAACCCCCAGAAAUGGCCGCCGUCGACCUUUAAUUCCGACUUUAAGUCCGAAAUUCCCUCUUCAACCCCCGGUUCAACCCACAACUCAACCACCUGUCCUACCCUCAGCUCAGCCACCGGUUAACAAACCGGUUGAAGUCUUUGCUGCAGAUCCACCUGACAAGGAUGGGAAUGAUUCAGGGUUGAGUCCUCGGUCCUUGAAGAAUAUUAGGAACCGUAUGCUUCCUAUUAAGCCUCACACUGAACAAGUUUCGAAACCGUUCACAGGCAAAGAUGAUCUAAAUGACGAACAAAAAUUGGACGCAGAAAGGCUCCGAGAGCGUAUGCGUCUUGAGGAAGGGCCUAUUGGCAGAGCUCCCGAGUGGCAGAAACCGCAGCACCCCAACUACCCUGGGGUGGGACAGGGAACUGGCGCUGUAACUCCAGUUCCCGAGCUGAAUCCUGGAAAUCAAAGUCAAUCUGAUAUAGGAAGCACCACACCGACUCAAACAGAAAUUCCAAACAAUGGAGGGGUCCGUCUAAACAGCCCGCCCAUUGUGCAUGAUAUCCCACGUGUUCCUGCGCCGCCCGUUGCCUCAUCUUUGAAGAGCAGGCUUUCGGCUCUUGUUUGGGAACUUAGGAGGACUUGGGUGCGAAACCCCACAAAGAACUCUCGUGUAUGGAUCCUCAUUGCAACAAUUAUGAUGCUGCUCUUGGCUGUGGCCUUGCAACCUCAACAUGGGGGGCAAUCAUUUGGCCAUAUCUUACCUGGUGGUACUUCGUUUUCUGGUAUUUUUCGUAAAUUCCAGCCGUCAUUUGGGGGCGCUUGCUGUGACGAUGUUUUUCGCAGACUUGAUCUUAUCGAUAUCGACUUAAGCAAUAUCCAUCGAGACAUUGAUGCGCUCCGUCAUGGUGUCAAGGCCCCUCAGGACGGCCGGCUUUUGUUCUGGGUGAACCAAAACAAAGAUGGCAAACUAGUUAUUCCCCAUGAGUACUAUGAGGCUAUCAAACAACAAAUCCUCAAGGACAAGCAAUUACUGAGGGGUGUUUCGAAUGAGACAUGGGCUCCGGUAAUCAACCGCCUUGUAACUGAUGGAUACCUGAAAAACAAGCCUCACGGUAGAAGCCACCUAGGCUAUGAGGACAUCACUACAGCUGAUCUUCAUGCAGGCUUUGACGAGUGGCUUCGGCGCAACGAUGCAGCCAUUGUCAAGGCCCUACGGGGCGCACUUGACUCUGUUACGGGCUUAUCUGAAAUGCAACUCAAAGAUCUCUUAGCGAAGCAUAACGUCGACCUAACUAAUGGCAAAGUCAUAACUCGAAAGGAAUUCGAAGAACUGUACAGGAAAGAAAUUACCGGCGGCUACACUGGUAAUCUGCGUGAGCUUGCCGAUCAGAUUGACGUGUUCAAGAAGAAUCUCGAGGAAAACCCACCCCAGGGCUUGGCGAAGGGGGACGUGGAAAAGGUCGUACAAGCAGCUGUGAGGAAAUAUGCUGAUGCGCUCAAGGUCGAGGCAGCGGCCAAGGCCGGCAGCGAUUCUGUUCUCAAACAGCUCAGCAACCAACUCAACUAUUUUAGUGUCGGCGCUGGCGCGGUCGUUGAUCCUCACAACACGUCGCCCAGAUGGACUCCUCUAAAGCCAAUCUCCGGGAGCAAGCGGUGGUAUGACAAGGAUGGCUACAAGCCCCAGCCGCCGGUCAGCGCUCUCAUGUCAUGGGAGGAGGACGGCCAAUGUUUCUGUGCCGGCCCGAGCUUUAGCGGGCACGGUGUCGGAACCGCCAAUCUCAGUGUUAUGAUCAGCCGUGAUAUCGUACCCCAGUUUGUCGUCCUAGAACAUAUACUUCCCGGCGCCACGCUUGAUGCCGGCGCCCGUCCUAGAGAUGUCGAAAUCUGGGCGGCUUACGAGGACUAUGACCUGCGCAAGACUGUCGGCGCCUGGUCUCAGGCCCUCUGGCCAGCAACGGCUGGGGAAAAACAGCUAGAUGAAGGAUACGUGAAGAUCGGCGACUUUACCUAUGAGGACCACAAAGUCGGUGAUGGCGCGCAACUGUACAAGCUGAGCUCGGAUCUUCUGGAUAUAAAUGCUGCCACAAGCCGCUUCGUGGUAAGGGCGCUAAACAAUUACGGAGCCGAUCACACAUGCUUCUAUAGGAUACGACUUUACGGAGAUCAGAGAGACAGGGAUAUUGGCAACUAAGCAGCCGAGCAAACAUAAGAAGGUAAAAAAUACAGUGGACACGGAGGAGGCGCGGCUGGAAA